GACGCGGAGGGAGAGGAGGAGGAGGAGGAGGAGGAGGCCGUUAUCUUCAAGUGUUCUGAAGCAGAGGAGUAAUUUCGUAACGCAGUAAAAAUGGACAAAGAAGAAAAGAAGACUAUUAAUCAAGGCCAAGAGGAAGAAAUGGAGAUUUAUGGGUACAAUCUGAGUCGUUGGAAGCUGCUCAUAGUUGCAUUUGGGGUGAUCUGUACUGGCGGCUUCCUCCUCCUCCUCCUCUACUGGAUGCCCGAGUGGCGAGUGAAGGCCACGUGCCUCAGAGCGGCCCUCCAGGACUGCGAGGUGGUCCUGCUGCGGACGACGGAUGAAUUCAGGAUAUGGUUUUGUGCAAAAGUUCGCUUUCUUUCUCUAGAAAACCACUCCUUUUCAAGCCCUAAAACAGUAAAUAAAAAAGUGUCCAAUGGCCAUGCUGCUCAUUUCCAUUUCCCUGAGGACCUGUCUGAAGAGAACCAGCGUGACCUUGCCCAGCCCCAACAGAUUCGUUACUUCACGCACCAUAGUGUGAGGUACUUCUGGAAUGACGCCCUCCAGAACUUCGAUGUGUUAAAGGGCCUGGAUGAAGGUGUUUCUUGUACUUCAAUUUAUGAACAACACAGCUCAGGGCUGGCGAAGGAGACACACGCUUACAGAAAACUGAUGUAUGGAAUGAAUGAGAUUGCUGUCAAAGUGCCUUCUGUCCUUAAACUUCUGGUUAAAGAGGUUCUCAAUCCCUUCUACGUUUUCCAGCUGUUCAGUGUGAUCCUGUGGAGCACAGAUGAAUACUACUACUAUGCCCUCGCCAUUGUGAUCAUGUCUGUGAUCUCCAUCGUGAGCUCCUUGUACACCAUUAGGAAGCAAUAUGUCAUGUUGCAUGAUAUGGUGGCCGCUCACAGCACCGUGAGAGUUUCCGUCUGCAGAGUUGGAGAAACGGAAGAGAUCUUUUCCACGGACCUUGUACCUGGAGACAUCAUGAUCAUCCCGAUGAAUGGGAUGGUCAUGCCCUGUGAUGCGGUCCUGAUCAGUGGUACCUGCAUUGUGAAUGAGAGCAUGCUCACAGGUGAGAGUGUUCCUGUAACAAAGACGAACUUGCCAAACCCUUCGGUGGAUGUGAAAGGAAUGAAGGAUGAAAUGUAUAGCCCAGAGCUCCAUAAGCGGCACACUUUGUUUUGCGGGACCACCGUCAUUCAGACUCGCUUCUACACCGGAGAGCUCGUGAGAGCCGUGGUCGUCAGGACAGGGUUUAGUACUUCCAAAGGCCAGCUUGUCCGUUCCAUACUGUAUCCUAAGCCAACGGAUUUUAAACUCUACCGAGAUGCUUACAUGUUUCUGCUCUGUCUUGUCGUGGUGGCCGGCAUUGGAUUUAUUUACACCAUCGUCAAUAGCAUACUGAAUAAGGUAUCAGCUGGCGUCAUAGUUAUUGAAUCUCUGGAUAUCAUCACAAUUACUGUGCCUCCUGCCCUUCCAGCUGCUAUGACUGCUGGGAUUGUGUAUGCACAAAGGAGACUGAAAAAGAUUGGGAUCUUUUGCAUAAGCCCUCAGCGGAUCAAUAUCUGUGGACAGCUAAAUCUUGUUUGUUUUGACAAGACAGGAACUCUGACCGAAGACGGCUUAGACCUUUGGGGCAUACAAAGAGUGGAAAACGCACAGUUCCAGCUGCCAGAGGAGAAAGCCUGCAGCGAGAGCCUGGUGAAGUCUCAUUUCGUGGCUUGCAUGGCCACCUGCCAUUCCCUGACAAAGAUCGAAGGCCUGCUCUCUGGGGACCCGCUCGAUUUAAAGAUGUUUGAAGCCAUCGCCUGGAUUCUAGAAGAAGCAACUGAAGAGGAGACGGCCCUGCACAACCGAAUCAUGCCCACGGUUGUGCGGCCUCCGAAACAGCUGCUUCCGGAGCCCAAACCUGCAGCCAACCAGUCCAUGGAGCUUUUCGAGCUUUCCGCCAACUACGAGAUCGGGAUCGUUCGGCAGUUCCCGUUUUCUUCUGCCUUGCAACGCAUGAGUGUGGUGGCCCGGAUUCUGGGGGAUAAGAAGAUGGACGCUUACAUGAAAGGGGCCCCGGAGGUCAUUGCUGGCCUUUGUAAACCAGAGACAGUUCCCAGUGAUUUUGAAAAAGUGUUAGAAGAUUACACGAAACAGGGCUUCCGGGUGAUCGCUCUGGCGCAUAGGAAACUGGAAUCCAAGCUGACGUGGCACAAGAUACAGAACAUCAAUAGAGAUGCCAUCGAGAGCAACAUGGAUUUUAUGGGAUUAAUUAUAAUGCAGAAUAAAUUAAAACAAGAAACCCCUGCUGUACUUGAAGAUUUGCGUAAAGCCAACAUUCGUACUGUCAUGGUCACAGGUGACAACAUGUUAACUGCUAUUUCCGUGGCCAGAGACUGUGGAAUGAUUCUACCUCAGGAUAAAGUGAUUAUUGCAGAUGGACUACCUCCCAAGGAUGGACAAGUGGCCAAAAUCAACUGGCAUUAUGCAGACACUCUCACCACAAAGUGCACUGGCUCUCCAGAAAUCGACUCCGAGGACAUCCCGAUGAAGAUGGUCCACGACAGCCUAGAGGAUCUUCAGGUAGCCCCCUAUCAUUUUGCAAUGAAUGGAAAGUCGUUUUCUGUGAUCCUGGAGCACUUUCAGGACCUGGUGCCCAAGUUGGUGUUGCACGGCACUGUGUUUGCUCGCAUGGCCCCCGAUCAGAAGACGCAGCUGGUGGAAGCUUUGCAGAAUGUGGAUUACUACGUGGGGAUGUGCGGUGACGGCGCCAAUGACUGUGGGGCCUUGAAGAGGGCCCAUGGAGGCAUAUCCCUGUCUGAGCUGGAGGCUUCGGUGGCGUCCCCCUUCACCUCCAGGACCCCCAGUAUUGCUUGUGUGCCAAACCUCAUCAGGGAAGGCCGGGCGGCUUUGAUAACUUCCUUCUGUGUGUUUAAAUUCAUGGCUUUGUACAGCAUCAUCCAGUAUUGUAGCGUCACUUUGCUGUACUCGAUCCUGAGUAAUUUAGGAGAUUUCCAGUUCCUUUUUAUUGAUCUGGCCAUCAUCUUGGUAGUGGUAUUCACAAUGAGUUUAAAUCCAGCCUGGAAGGAACUUGUUGCUCAGAGACCUCCCUCCGGCCUCAUCUCUGGGGCUCUGCUCUUCUCCGUUCUGUCUCAGAUCAUCAUUUCCAUCGGCUUCCAGUGUUUUGGGUUUUUUUGGGUUAGACAACAGCCUUGGUAUGAGCCCUGGACUCCACAUUCAGACGCUUGUAACCUGUCCAGAAGCCUCUCUCCCAACUUGUCAUACUCUGCCAAUGAGACUGAGCACGAUGAGCACAAUAUAAAAAAUUAUGAAAAUACCACCGUGUUUUUUAUCUCCAGCUUCCAGUACCUCAUUGUCGCAAUCGCUUUUUCUAAAGGAAAGCCGUUCAGGCAGCCCUGCUAUAAGAAUGGUUUUUUUGUUGUGUCUGUGAUUAUUUUGUAUAUCUUCAUAUUUUUCAUCAUGUUGCAUCCUGUUGCCUAUAUUGACCAGGUUCUUGAGAUAGUUUGUGUUCCACAUCAGUGGCGUUUAACAAUGCUCAUCAUCAUUCUUGUCAAUGCGCUUGUCUCUAUCUUGGCAGAGAGCUUCCUCCUGGACACGAUCCUUUGGAAGGUUGUAUUCAAUCGAGACAAACCAGGAGAAUAUCGCCUCGCCACCUCACAGCCGCCACAGGAGUCCGUGGAGCGUUGGGGAAAGUGCUGCAUCUCCUCGGUGUUUGGCUGUAGGACGAAGCUUCCCAAGGCCAAGUACAUGCAUCUGGCCCAGGAGCUGCUGGUCGACCCCGAGUGGCCGCCAAAGCCCAGCACGACCACAGAAGCCAAAGCCUUGGUGAAGGAGAACGGAUCCUGUCAAGUCAUCACUGUGACGUAACAGCGACUCUCGGGCCGGCGCCAGAGCAGCGGGGGCGGGGGUGGAGGGGGACUUUCUGGGAAUGCGGAUAGAGUGGGAGCCCCCCAGGGUGAUUAGAUUAGCUUUGGUAAAAUGGGGAAGGUUCCGAGCCCUGUGUUCUCAACCAGAGCAGGGGAGUGCCUGGGCCUGAUCUCAUCCCACUUGCUGCUGUCCCAUGCUGGAUGCUGAAGUGAUGCGGGGGUGUGCUGCUCGGAGGGGGGAGCGGAGUGCUGUGGGGAGGCGCUGCUGGGAGCAGAGCACUGCUGGGGGGGACGCUGGGAGGAGCACUGCUGGGAGCACUGCCGGGAGCAGAGCCCUGCAGGGAGUGGAGUGCUGCCAGGAGGGGGCAUUGUGGGAGCAGGGCACGGCGGGAAGUGAGCGCCGCCGCCGCCCAGGCUGCCUGUCCUGACUCGGGGCAUCCUCUUGCUCCUGGCUUCCCCAGGGCCUCUCGUUCCCGGUGGUAGCAUCCCCCGGGCCAGCUGUUUCUAGGCCUCCCCUCCCCUCCCCGUCAGAGAGACCUCGCCAGGUUCUGCAGCUUUCCUUCCUUUUACCUGUUUGUCCAGAAAUGAGACAACGAGGACUCCGACAGUUGGGUCCUAAUUUGUUCCUAUUAUGGCUUAGACUUGCAAGCUCUGUCCCCGAUGGCUGAGGAGCUGGGCAGCUGGCGCGGUGUGGCCACUAGGGGGCAGCGGUGGUUAUGAAGAAGGGAGAAGGGCUGGGCGCCCCCCACCCCCCACCCCCCCAGGGUUUUAGCUGGUCCAGCCCAUCCCCCGAGCGGAGGGCCCUAUCGCGGCCCCAUGGUCCUCGGUGCCCAAUGGCCGGCCCCAGGAGGGUGGCGAGGGCCUCUCCAUGGGGGUGUUGACGAGGGAGGGCGGGGGGGGAGGGGGGUGGCUGCUGACCUGGCAGCUCCCAGCCAGGCUUUCGGGGGAGAGAGAGAAGGGAAUAGGAAUCCACUUGUCAUUACUUUUGUUCAAGGUUUGUUCCAUGGAGUGACUCCACGAAGCUAUCUAUGCAUCUUAGACCUUUUGGGCUGUGAUCGAGCACUGUUUUCAUUUCGCUUUUAUUUCCUUUCCUAACUUGCUUGUUCAAGGUACCUAAUACGCGCACAAAUCUCAGUACCACGGAGCAGGGCCUGCCUGCUGCCCCAGCUGUGGCUUUCUUUGUGGUUCACGCUUAAGUAACUACACGAGAGUGGCUAAGCAGCAGCUUAAAAACUCUAACGUCUCAUCCCACUUCCUAUCUGUAAGCAAGCGUGUGGCCGCUGUUGGGGAGCCCCCGCUCUUCUGGGCUAGGGCUUCGAGGGUUCCUGCCGCAUCUGUCCGUGUUCUCACAGGAAGGCUUUGGAGGAAGCUAGCUUUGACCACAGGAUGGGGGGGGGGGGGGGGGGGUGCUUUGUAGGUCAUAACUGAUGGUGUCCAGAGUGUGGGAGAAUGGUUUUUUGUGAAUUCAGGUGAGCAGCUUUAGUGGGCCCUGCUACAUGCCCUAGAUAGAAGAUGUCCUUUCUGCUGUGUGGCUUGCCAUUACAUAGAAAUUUUGAUUCUGAAUUUCAUAUUAAAUUAUUUGAGUGUAUACAUACCUAAAAUUUAAAAUCUGUACAUGUCUUAUUUUGAUGUAAUAAGAUUUUAUAAAUAUUGUGGAUUUAAAUUUUAUUUAUGCACAUACUUAAGGGACUGGUAUGUCAAAGAAAGUAAUUGUUAAAUAAUGAUAUGUAACUUUUUUACUUUUUUAAUAAAUAACCAGAUUUUUAAAGUGUGUCCCUCAGGGUUGUUGAAAGGUUCCUUAUCCCUCUUCCCCUUGGCACCUCCCUCCCAGAUAUAAUUAAUGAUAACUGUAUGUUUUCUAUUCUCUAGUACUGUCUGUUGCAAAAACAAUGCUGCAAAUAAUGUUUGAAUCAAAGUGGACAAACCAAGUACAAAAUAAAUGAUUGUUCCUAUUCCCUUUUAAAUCCUUCACUUAGAACAAUCUUUCCAAAGCACUUGGAUUUGAACAGAAUCGUUCCCAUUUUCAUUCUAUUUAAUUUUAUUUGCUUUCCCUUAUUUAUAGAGAGCUCUGAACAGUCAAAGGCAUGGCAGAUCAUAAUUUAAUAUGUUUGUAUGCAUUGUUCCCCAAACCAUUAUUAGAUGAAGUGUCCGGACAGAAUUAGAAUUCGAACUUUGGAAAACAUUCGAAACAUUCUAGGAUUUUGUGCAUGCACUGUUGACAUUGUAAUCUAAAUUUUGUAUAUUUUGGGAGGAGGGAGGGUGGUUUUGAACACUUUUUAGAAUUCUGGAUGUUAAUUUUGUACAGUUUAUGGGCAUUUACAACUAUUUUUAAUGUACUAGAAUUUCAUAAUUAUGUGCACAUGAAAUUAAUAGAAAUAAAGUUAUUUCCUGUUAGAUUACAGAAUUCCCUGAAAACUUGGCUUAAAGAAGAAAGUUGGUUUAUAUCAGAGAAAUGAUACCGCAUCUUUAUAUUUUAAAAUAAGUAUUGCUGCUCGAGAAUGGUACCUGUUGUCAAAAAGGCAGACAUACAGAAUUGUAAAUUCAAAAUUGUAAAUAGCCUGUGAAAUCUUUGGAUUAAAGCUAUUCAAAAUGAAACUGAAGUGAAUAAAAUAUAUUUUCUUUUUUCUUUU